CGCCGGGCUCGGUCCCGGCCCGGUUCUGGCCCGGUCCUGCCCCGCUCCUGGCCCGGCUCCGGCCCUGGCGGAGCCCCCCGCGAGCCCGGCAGGUGCGGCCAUGGCGGGCACGGCGCCCCCCGCAGGCGCCCCCGAGCACCCCUUCACCUGCCGGGAGUGCGGCAAAUCCUUCCGCUGGUCCUCGCGCCUGGCGCAUCACCUGCGCAGCCACACAGGUGAGCGCCCCUACAAGUGCCCCGAGUGCCCCAAGGCCUUCAAGGGCUCCUCCGCCCUCCUCUACCACCUGCGGGGCCACACGGGCGAGCGGCCCUACACCUGCGCCACCUGCGGCAAGAGCUUCAAGCGCUCCUCGCUGCUGCAGGCUCACCUGCGCGUGCACACGGGGCUGCGCGCCUUCAGGUGCGCCCAGUGCGGCCUCACCUUCAAGUGGGCGUCGCACUACCAGUACCACCUGCGGCAGCACUCAGGUGAGCGGCCCUACCGCUGCCCCGCCUGCCCCAAGGCCUUCAAGAACUCGUCCAGCCUGCGGCGGCACCGCCACACCCACACGGGCGAGCGCCCGCACGCCUGCGGCACCUGCGGCAAGGCCUUCGCCCAGGCCGCCAACCUGCGGCAGCACCUGCGCGUGCACACGGGCGAGCGGCCGUACGCCUGCGGCACCUGCGGCAAGAGCUUCACGCACUCCUCCAACCUGCACCUGCACCGGCGCACGCACGGCCCCCGGCCGUACAGGUGCGGCGAGUGCGGCAAGGCCUUCAAGGGCUCCUCGGGGCUGCGCUACCACCUGCGCGACCACACGGGCGAGCGGCCCUACACCUGCGCCACCUGUGGCAGGAGCUUCAAGCGCUCCUCGCUGCUGCAGGCUCACCUGCGCGUUCACACGGGGCUGCGCGCCUUCAGGUGCGCCCAGUGCGGCCUCACCUUCAAGUGGGCGUCGCACUACCAGUACCACCUGCGGCAGCACUCAGGUGAGCGGCCCUACCGCUGCCCCGCCUGCCCCAAGGCCUUCAAGAACUCGUCCAGCCUGCGGCGGCACCGCCACACCCACACGGGCGAGCGGCCGCACGCCUGCGGCACCUGCGGCAAGGCCUUCGCCCAGGCCGCCAACCUGCGGCAGCACCUGCGCGUGCACACGGGCGAGCGGCCGUACGCCUGCGGCACCUGCGGCAAGAGCUUCACGCACUCCUCCAACCUGCACCUGCACCGGCGCACGCACUCGGCGGCGCGGCCCUUCCGCUGCCCCGCCUGCCCCAAGGCUUUCGUCGCGGCCGCCUACCUGCAGCGGCACCUGCGCACGCACGGCCCCGCCCCGCGCCGCGCGCCCGCGCCGCCGCCGCCGCGGCCCGGCGCGUACCUGCUGCUGGCGGCGCCGCAGGGGCUGCGGCUCGUCCCCGCCCCCCGCAAGGUGCUGCUGCUGCCCGCCCCGCCCGGCCCCGCCCGGCCGCACCUGGCGCAGGUGGGCAAGGGGCAGCGCGCCUGGCAGAGCGUCCUGCUGGUACCUGGCGCCGGGCAGGACGGGGCGGGGCUGCAGGUGGCUGAGGUGGCAGGGGUGGCAGGUGUGACAGGUGUGACAGGGGUCACAGGUGUGACGGGUGUGACAGGUGUGACGGGUGUAGGUGUGACGGGAGUCACAGGUGUGAUGGGGGUCACAGGUGUGACAGGAGUUACAGGUGUAACAGGUGUGGCAGGUGUGACAGGGGUCACAGGUGUCACAGGGGUCACAGGUAUGGCAGGUGUGACAGGGGUCACAGGGGUCACAGGUGUGACAAGUGUAGGUAUGGCAGGGGUCACAGGUGUGACAGGAGUCACAGGGGUCACAGGUGUCACAGGGGUUACAGGUAUGGCAGGUGUCACAGGGGUCAGAGGGGUCACAGGUGUGACAGGUGUAGGUGUCACAGGUGUGACAGGUGCAGGGGUCACAGGUGUGACAGGUGGAGGUGUCACAGGGGUCACAGGUGUGACAGGUGGAGGUGUCACAGGGGUCACAGGUGUGACAGGUGGAGGUGUCACAGGGGUCACAGGUGUCCAGCUGCAGGUGGUGCCAGUGGCCCCAGAGGUCACCAGUGUCCAGGUGCAGGGCCAGGAGGUGACAGGUGUGACGGGUGUAGGUGUCACAAGUGGGACAGGUAUAACCGGGGGGAUGGGUUUAGGUGUGACAGGUUUAGGUGUGACAGGUGGGAUGGGUGUAGGUGUGACAGGUGUCACAGGUGUGACAGGUUUAAGUGUGACAGGUGGGGUGGAUUUAGGUGUGGCAGGUGUGACAGGUUUAGGUGGGACAGGUGUGACGGGUUUAGGUGGGACAGGUGUGAUGGGUUUAGGUGGGACAGGUUUAGGUGGGACAGGUGGGACAGGUUUAGGUGGGACAGGUGUGACGGGUUUAGGUGGGACAGGUGGGACAGGUUUAGGUGGGACAGGGCUGCAGCUCCAGGUGCUCCCAGUGCCCUCGGAGGUCACCAAUGUCCAGCUCCAGGUGUUGCCACCACCACCUGAGGUCACCAAUGUCCAGCUCCAGGUGUUGCCACCACCACCUGAGGUCACCAAUGUCCAGCUCCAGGCAGGUGAGGUCACCAAUGUCCAGCUCCAGGUGUUGCCACCACCCCCAGGUGGCACCAACGUCCAGCUCCAGGUGUUGGCGCCACCUGAGGUCACCAGUGUCCAGCUCCAGGCAGGUGAGGUCACCAACGUCCAGCUCCAGGUGUUGCCACCACUCCCAGGUGGCACCAACGUCCAGCUCCAGGCAGGUGAGGUCACCAACGUCCAGCUCCAGGUGUUGCCAGCACCACCUGAGGUGACCAACGUCCAGCUCCAGGCCCUGCCGCUGAGCUCAGGUGUCACCAACGUCCAGCUCCAGGUGUUGCCACCACCUUCAGGUGGCGCAGGUGGCCAGCUCCAGGCCACUGAGGUGACCAACGUCCAGCUCCAGGUGUUGCCACCACCUUCAGGUGGCCAGCUCCAGGCCACUGAGGUGACCAACGUCCAGCUCCAGGUGUUGCCAGCACCACCUGAGGGGACCAGUGUCCAGCUCCAGGCCACCGAGAUGACCAGUGUCCACCUGGAGACCUCAGAGGUGACCGAUGUCCACCUGGAGACCUCAGAACUGCCCAGCAUCCACCUGGAACCCACAGAGGUGACCGAUGUCCAGCUGGAGCCCACAGAGGUGACCGAUGUCCAGCUGGAGACCUCAGCAGUGACCAGUGUCCACCUGGAGACCUCAGAGGUGACCGAUGUCCAGCUGGAGACCUCCGAACUGCCCAGUGUCCACCUGGAGCACACAGAUGUACCCAGUGUCCACCUGGAGACAUCAGAGGUGACCAGUGUCCACUUGGAGACCUCCGAACUGCCCAGUGUCCACCUGGAGACAUCAGCAGUGACCAGUGUCCACCUGGAGCCCACCGAGAUGACCGAUGUCCACCUGGAACCCACAGAGGUGACUGAUGUCCACCUGGAGAACUCAGAGGUGACCAGUGUCCACCUGGAGCCCACCGAGAUGACCGAUGUCCACCUGGAACCCACAGAGGUGACCAGUGUCCACCUGGAACCCACAGAGGUGACCGAUGUCCACCUGGAGAACUCAGAGGUGACCAGUGUCCACCUGGAACCCACAGAGGUGACCGAUGUCCACCUGGAACCCACAGAGGUGACCGAUGUCCACCUGGAACCCACAGAGGUGACCAGUGUCCACCUGGAACCCACAGAGGUGACCGAUGUCCACCUGGAACCCACAGAGGUGACCAGUGUCCACCUGGAACCCACCGAGAUGACCAGUGUCCACCUGGAGAACUCAGAGGUGACCAAUGUCCACCUGGAACCCACAGAGGUGACCGAUGUCCAUCUGGAGACUUCAGACCUGUCCAGUGUCCACCUGGAGACCUCAGAGGUGUCCGAUGUCCACCUGGAGCCCCUGGAGGAGGUGCCCAGUGCCCACCUGGAGACAUCAGAGGUGCCCUCUGACCACCUGGAGAGCACUGGGGAGGUGCCUGACGCCCACCUGGACACCUUGGCCAUGAGCAGUGCCCAUCUGGAGGUGCCCGGUGCCCACCUGGAACCCACCGAGGUGCACCUGGAACCCCCCUAGGAGGUGCCCGGUGCCCACCUGGAGACCACGCAGGUGCCCGGUGCCCACCUGGAGACCCCAGAGGUGCCCAGUGCCCACCUGGAGACCACGCAGGUGCCUGGUGCCCACCUGGAGGUGCCCAGUGCCCACCUGGAGACCAUGCAGGUGCCCGGUGCCCACCUGGACACACCUUGGGGAUGACCGGUGCCCACCUGGGCACGUCAGAGGUGCCCUCUGACCACCUGGAACCCACAGGUGUGCCCGAUGCCCACCUGGAGGCACCUUGGAGGUGCCCAGUGCUCACCUGGAACCCACCGAGAAAGUGCCCAGUGCCCACCUGGAGAGCACGCAGGUGCCUGGUGCCCACCUGGAGGUUCCCCAUGCCCACCUGGACACACCUUGGAGGUGCCCAGCCCUCACCUGCACAGGUGCCCAGUGCCCACCUGGAGCCCACCCCAGGUGCUCCUGGCCUGGAGGACCCCGUGCACACCUGUGCCCGCAGGUGAGGGGUGCCAGGGGGUGCCUGAGCUCACCUGGCACAGGUGAGGGGUGCCAGGCGGUGCCAGGGGGUACCUGAGCUCACCUGGCACAGGUGAGGGGUGCCAGGCGGUGCCAGGGGGUACCUGAGCUCACCUGCCCAGGUGAGGGGUGCCAGGCGGUGCCAGGGGGUACCUGAGCUCACCUGGCACAGGUGAGGGGUGCCAGGGGUACCUGAGCUCACCUGCCCAGGUGAGGGGUGCCAGGGGUACCUGAGCUCACCUGCCCAGGUGAGGGGUGCCAGGGGGUACCUGAGCUCACCUGGCACAGGUGAGGGGUGCCAGGGGGUGCCUGAGCUCACCUGGCACAGGUGAGGGGUGCCCGGGGGUACCUGAGCUCACCUGGCACAGGUGAGGGGUGCCAGGGGGUGCCUGAGCUCACCUGGCACAGGUGAGGGGUGCCCGGGGGUACCUGAGCUCACCUGCCCAGGUGAGGCCGUUCCCGCGUCCUCCCCGUGUAAAUAAAGGCGCCCCUCCCCCCCC